CUCCACCUCAAAGCCUCAAAAGCAGAGAGAAGACAGAAGAGAGAGAAAAGAAAAGAAAAUCGAGAGAGAGAGGAAAAGUAGAAUCGCGUUUCUCGUCUGCAUCUCUAUCUCAGAAGUUCAAGUCCCGACGGAUUCUGAAGAAUGAGGAACUCUUCUGGAUCUCGCAGCAGACUACAGUCCGUGCACAUUUUCAUUAUUGUGUGUGGGAUGUUCACCGGUGUUGGCCUGUUAAUGCUUGCUCUCAGGCCCAUCGAUCUCCCUGCCGGCUUUAAUUUUCCUAUUAAGCUCGAAAAACCUGUUGCAGGGGCAAAUGCAAGCGUCGGCUUCGGAUUAGCGCCGCAUCUGAAUGAGAGAAAAAAAGGAUCCCGUUCGUGCGCGACGGUCGAAGAGAUGGGAAAGGGUUUUGGCGGAGGGUUUCAGAAGGAGAAUCUCAGAGUUAGAGAAGUGAUUCGUCAUCACUUUGAUAUACACGGUGCUCCAAGAGUUCGAAGCCUUCCUCCGGAACAAUUUUGCAGGCAUGGUUUUGUGAUAGGAAAAGCAUCAGAAGCAGGUUUUGGAAAUGAAAUGUACAAGAUCUUAAGUGCUGCAGCACUGAGUGUCAUGUUAAACCGUUCACUGAUCAUCGGGCAAACCAGGGGCAAAUUUCCUUUUGAGGAUUUCAUUUCUUAUACCAACCUUUCCUUUACCUUAAAAGAAGUCAAGCAUUUGUGGAGACAUAAUGGUUGUGUGAAAAAAUAUGGAAGGCGUCUUGUUAUAAGGAUCGAUGAUUUCCAGAAACCAGAACGAACUAAUGUGCUUUGUGACAAUUGGAGGGAGUGGAAGCAUCCUAUCGUAUGGUUCCAAGGUGCAACGGAUGCUGUGGCAGCUCAAUUUUUCUUGAAGAAUGUACACCCUGUGAUGAGGAAUGUUGCUUUUGAAUUAUUUGGAAGGCCAGAACUUCUCCAGCCCAGGCCUAAUGUAUUUGGGGAGCUGAUGAGAGUCCUUGUAUCUCCUUCAAAAACUGUUGAAGAAGCAGUGAAUUGGGCUCUUGGUGGCAAGCUUGACCCUGACAUUUCAUUGCACAUGAGGAUGCUUAUGAACAGGUCUGUAAGAGCAGUACAGGCAGCAUUGAGCUGCAUCAGAAAAGCCCUGCGCAAACUACGACGGGCAUCAAAACCCAAAUUAGUUCUGGUUUCUGAUACGCCAUCCGUCAUAAAAAGUAUCACCCCAUAUGUAAAGGAAUUUGCGGAGGUUCUUCAUUUUGAUUAUGAACAUUUCAGAGGAAACACAUCUCAUGAAAUUAAUGGAUCACUUAAUUCAGAUUUUAGAACAAAGGAUUGGGGCCCUGCACCCAGAUGGGUUGCAUUUGUCGACUUCUUUCUUGCAUCGCGUGCAAAACAUGCAGUUGUUUCUGGGGCUCAUAGACGCGUCGGAACCACUUAUGCUCAGUUAAUCGCAGCACUGGCUGCAGCACAAAAUCUUGGGAAGAAUUCUCCCAAUGAUUCUAGUUUCUGGUUCUUCAGCAGCUUCCAAAGCAAUUUACUGUCAGAAGGUUUGAAGAAUCAGAUUGGAUGGGGACAUGUCUGGAACAGACAUGCAGGUCCAUUAAGCUGCCCAAACCAGCCCAAUCAAUGUGCUCUCACUCCCCUUCUCCCUCCUGCAUGGUGGGAUGGGCUUUGGCAAUCCCCCAUUCCACGCGACAUCCGAAGGUUAGAAGCUUAUGGCGUCAAACUCUCUGGUUUUGGCACGUUCGAUGAAAAUCAUCUUCGAUCUCAUUGUACUACAAGGAAAACUAUUGUGAAGACAUUGCCAAUUAUACAAUAGUAACCGUGUUUGGGAGCUACAUUUUUGGAUUCUGGAUUUGGAAUUUGUAUAGGUUUGAACAAAACACAAUAAAAAAUUGUAUUAGGUGUUAUCCAAAUCCACAAAAUUCAAUUCUAAAGCAAAGCCGUGCUCCCAAACACAACCUGACUGUUGAGAUUAGACUGUAUUCAUGCAUUGUUUUUGUGUUCGGAGGAGGUUUCAGUAUAUACAGUUAAGGUCUAGUGUAUUUCAUAUUCUGUAAUCUCUUCCAUUUGGCCUCUGGUGGUGAGGGUAUUCAAAGUUGCUAGACUGCCCUUUGUAUGUGAAAAGAAUUGAGCUGCAGGCACACGGAGCACAGACAAAGUUCAUGCACGAAACCAGUGUAUUAUUAGGAGGAGAAAAUUUUGGACAAUUUAAUUUUACUAUGUAUUAGAUCAGGCCAUACAAAGUGUUAGUGUAUUUUAAUAUUAUUAUUUUAUCUUGGAAAAGAAGAUGUAUAUUAUUAUUUUAUCUUGGAAAAAUGAAGAUAUAUCUUGAAUUUGGUUAUGGU